AUGGAAGAAAAAAUUGAUGCAGAUUCAAGGUCUUGUUACAUUGGAAAUGUUGACUAUAGUACAACAGCAGAAGAGUUGGAGCAACAUUUCCAUGGCUGCGGUUCUGUUAACAGGGUUACAAUACUUUGUGAUAAGUUCUCUGGACAUCCAAAAGGCUUUGCCUACAUAGAAUUUGCUGAUAAAGACUCCGUACAGACAGCAAUGGCUUUAGAUGAAUCUCUCUUUCGGGGAAGACAAAUAAAGGUAAUGCCCAAGCGCACAAAUAAACCUGGUAUAAGUACAACCAAUCGUGGUGGAGGUAGAGGGCGCUUCAGGAGAGGUGGCUUUCGGGGUGGCUAUGGGGGCUACAUGCCAAGACGAGGCAGGUUUAGGCCAAGGAGAGCUGCGUGGUAUUCACCUUACUAGUCCAGUUUAAAAUAUGGCAUCAAGUGGUCCACAAAACCUGCUGAAAAA